AUGCAGGUGACAGAGUUGUCACAGAAGCUGAAGGAGUUGAAGAACAUGGAGAAUGAGUUUGACUCCGUGCAGAAGAAGUGGAAUGAAGAAAGAAACAAGAGGUCUACUGCUGAUGGUGAGGUGAGUCAGACAGAAGUUGACAGCCUACGUGUGCAACUGGAAGAAGCAGAGCGUAGGCUGGAAGAGAAUGGAACAGGAGGGGUACCUCUUGCACUUCAACCACUAUUAAGGAAGACUUGUGAAGUGGAGAUGGCUUUUCUGGAAAAACAAAAGCAAGAAUGUAUGAAAGAAAUGCGUGAGGCCAUAGAAUUAGUAGAUCGCCUCCAGAAGAAGCAGUCAAGUGUGAUAUCUUCACUCAAGCUAGCAACAGGAGCUUCUUCGUCCAGUGAUCAAGUCGAUAGCAAAAUUUUCGCUUUGAAAAGCCGUAUGGAUAAAAUUCAAGUGCUCACUCGUGAAACACAAGAGCGAUGGCUUCAAAUCGAAUCACUGUGCGGCUUCAAUAUCCUUUACAUGAACGAGUUCAUUUUUCUCAAGGGUACCAAACAGUUUUUCAAUAUUUGGUUUGGUAUCUUGGAAAAAGUAGUUGCUAACAUUCCAGAAGCCGUUCCACUCAUGCAGCGUUCCACUUCCUCCUCUCACUUCUAUGGUGCCAAUUCAGGUAUGUCAGAAUCGUCGGACAAUGUGAGCUCGUCUAGUGGCAGCUUCCUUUGAUU